GCAAAGGUUGUGGUGCUUCAGUCUGAGCUAGAAUGGAAAAUCAACAGCAGAGGAGGAAAAACACAGCUGCUCUGUCGAGCAGGGCACGUCAGCCCUGCGGACAACGUGCGGGGAAGAAGAUCUGUAAGGGAGCAGCCAGUUGAGGAAACAAAUAAUAUUUACAUGCCCUGCCUGUGCAACUGGAAAUAAAACCUCCCUGCCAGUAAAAAAAAAAAACAAAAAAAAACCUCAGCCCAACCCUCUGGGCCCCACCUGCUCCUGGGGAGGGCUGGGGUUAUAAAGGGCUGCGGGCAGGAGCGGGGCUCGGAGCGGCGCGGGGCUCUCCAGGGAAUCGCGGUGCCCGGGGACGAUGGCUCGGAGGGUGGCCGUGGUGCUGGCAGGCUGCGGGGUGUUCGACGGCACCGAGAUCCACGAGGCUUCGGCCGUGCUGGUGCAGCUCAGCCGGGAGGGGGCUCAGGCUGAGGUUUAUGCCCCCAACAUCCCCCAGAUGCACGUGGUGGACCAUGUGAAGGGGCAGCCAACACAGGAGCAGAGAAACGUCCUGGUGGAAAGCGCCAGGAUAGCCAGAGGCAACAUCAAGGACCUGGCUACACUGGAUGUCAAGGAGCUGGAUGCCCUCAUCAUUCCAGGUGGCUUCGGGGUGGCCAAAAACCUGAGCACUUGGGCUACCCAGGGCAAGAACUGCAGCGUCUCCAGGGAGGUGGAGGGGGUGCUGAGGGCGUUCCACACUGCCCACAAACCCAUCGGGCUCUGCUGCAUCUCCCCAGUGCUGGCAGCCAAAAUCUUCCCGGGCUGUGAGGUGACCGUGGGACACGACACGGAGUGCGAGCAGUGGCCUUAUGCCAAGACUGCAGAGGCCAUGAAGGAGCUGGGCUGCAGGCACGUGAACAGCCAGGUCAGCGAGGUCCACGUGGACCACAAGAACCUCCUGGUGACCACCAGUGCCUUCAUGUGCAACGCCCCCAUCCACCACAUCCAUGACGGCGUGGGGAGAAUGGUGAAGGAAGUGCUCAGGCUGGCCUGA